AUGGCUCAUGAACUCGACUGGCUAAACAGCCAAGCUGGUAUGUGCAAUGUCAACUUCUACAAUCCCGGUGGACAGAAAGAUCAGGAAUGUAAAGUGGUUUGCUUUGUUGAUGUAGCUAACUUGAAAGACAAAUUUCCAGGCUUAAACAUACCUACUGACCAGCCCAAUAACAUAUCUGAUUCUACCGGUGAGGUUGUGGAUAUUGAAGAUAAGGAGGUUGUUAUCAUCAAGGACGAUGAGAAAAGCGGUCAUGUGAAUACAGAGGGAGCAGUCUGCCUUUUCAAGCAAGGCUCCUCCAAAGACACCAGUGUGGUCAGUUGGCUCAGCAAUGACCUUCAGAAAUAUGCACUGGGAUUCCAACAUGCACUGUCCCCUUCAGGAAUGCCUUGCAAAGCCAAUGUGUUUGACACAGUAUCCCAGAACAACAACAACACUGCUCCAAGCCAAUCUGGUAGCCAAUCUGGUAGUGAAAGACCAAACUCUGAAGACAUUGCCUAUUAUGCCAAUAAGCUCUGCUCCUUAGUCCUUGAAAUGACGCGGAAGGAGAUCAAAGAAAAAUGGGAGAGUUCUGGGAAGUGCACACGACACACCAUUAGUCCCUACAGCACUGAGGCAAAAUCUCCUGCCUCUGAGAGUGCCGAUGUCAGCAGAAAGCCACCUCAAGAACGGUCCGUCAAGAUUGAUGAUGCCUUCACCAGUGAAACUGUUAGCCAAAAUGCCCAAAAGAUACCAGAUACAACCUAUUCAGACAAAUUUAAGAUGGAGGAUGCCACUUCUGUAAGUAAAGGGAUGAUGUUGUACGCAAACCAGGUUGCCUCAGACAUGAUGCUAUCAUUUCUGAAGACCAUGAAAGUCCAAAAAGGUCGACGUCCUCCACCUGCUUGUGCUGUUUUAAAAGAGGUGCUCAUACGGCACGCUAAGGAAGUUGUCUCAGACUUAAUUGAUUCCUCUAUGAAAAACCUACACAAUAUUACGGGGGCCCUCAUGACGGACUCUGAUUUUGUUUAUGGAUUGAAGAGGAAUCUUUACAAUGUGGGAACUCAGAAGACAUCAGAAGUUAUGGAGGCCAUGGUGAAGCGUUUGUUUAAACUUCUCUCAGUGGAUGAUAGGCAUAGGUCUCAGAACCUAACAUUUACAUCGUAUAAAACCGGUGGUCAGUCAAACCAAAGAACCCAGGACUUUCAGUUUGCAUCCUUGAAAAGGGAGUCUCAUGGCCAAUGUAAGGACCAAGCAAGAGGUUUGGGAAAGUCUAUUCCAACAGAAACCAGAGGGUCGGAUAGGGCAUCAAUGGACCUGUAUGCGAAAGAGCUCAUUGUAGCAGCACUGACACAGAUACAGCAGCACCUAUUGGAAAAAACCAGAGAGAACAGGCAUGACUGUGACUCUAAUACGUCUUCAUUUGGCUACAUACAUCGAGACACGGCUCACGAUGGUGCUGAUGCUCCAAAGUACUCCUCCAAGCCAUAUGAAGGAAGGGGAGAUAUCUCUGACAGCCUAAGAGGAAACCUCAUAUUGCCCAUGAUCCAGAAGAUCCUGCGUGAAGCUGGUUUAAAUCUAGACAGCCAGUGCACUGACAAAAACCAGAGAUAG